GCUGCCAUUGCGCUCCAUCCUGCUGCUGGCAGGACGACCCUGGUUGGCCGGGGAGACCGCUGCGGACAGAAAUUUCUGUCAGCGCAAACAGUUGAUAGUUAAGAUGGAGACAUCUUCAUCAGAAACUCCUGGAGUUUCUGUUCCAAAUGCUGGCUCGGCAGACCCGGCUUCUUCUGUCCCGCAAAGACGGGGUAAAAGAACAGCUCGGGAUGCUGCCUUAGGACCGACACGAGAAGAAGACACUUCUCAGGGUUCACAGGAGCAAUCCUGUGCCAAAAGACAACGGCUUGAUCUUUCCACCAAGGGCUCCUGCAAAGCCCAUGACUCGGCCUGCUGCUUUCUAACAAAGCUCCGUAACAUUGUGGACAGCGACUGCUUCCAGUCCAUCUGGUGGGGCGACGAUGAGAACACCAUUGUGAUUGAGGAAACCCUCUUCAAAACAGAAGUGCUGGGAAGGACAGGACCUCUACACAACCUCAGCAUCGGCUGCAUGAAAGCCUUCGUUCGCCAGCUCCACCUGCACGGCUUCUUCAUUGUGGACAGCGAUUUGCCCACAGCUGCCUCUCGGGCAAAAUGCCCAGCAGGCGCAGCCGCGUCUGUUUGCAGUGAGGUACGCAGUCCCCCUGCCCAUAGGACACCUCUCAGGACAGGUGCAUUGGUGGCCGGUCCCACCUGAGGGGGUUGCAAGCUGGUGGUAUUUGGGUUUCCAAACCCGCUUUCCUGCUUUGACAAUCCUAAAAUUUCUGACUAUUACUUAAUGUAGCUUUGUCUUUUGCCAUCUGGAAACGGUGGCAUCUAACU